UUGAAUGCAAAAAAUUUUGAUGGAUAACUCUAGAAGGUCGAGCAGAAAUAUUUUUUUGAAGAAAAUCUUAAAGUAACAAAAGUCGGAAUCUUUCACAUUUCGGUUAUACUAAAGGAUUCAUUUGGAUUGUGCAAAAAAUCAUAUUAAAGUAUUUAAAUUAUUAUUUAUGUUCUCUAAAUACGUUAUUGAUGAAAUCGUUCUUUAGUUUUGAAUGAAGAGCCAUUUAAAUUUUAUUUAACACUCCA